AUGCACAACACAGAAAGCGACAUCAAAUGUGAAAAUGUGUCGGUUACCCUGGAAAGUCUCACAGAAGAAGAGACCGUCGGACUUGCUCGUUGGAAGUUAGGGCUAUUGAUGUUCGGAAAUACUCUUGCAGUGUUCUGUGUCGCACUGGAUAAUACGAUUAUGUCAAAUGCCAUCCCCAGAAUCACGCAGACCUUUAACUCGCUAGAGGAUAUCGGAUGGUACUCAAGCGUAUAUUUCUUUACCAAUUGCUCAGUGGUUCUAUUCUUCGGAAAACUCUAUACGCAUUACUCAAUGAAACAGAUUUUUCUCGUGGCACUUCUGUUGUUCGAGGUUGGCUCCUUGAUCUGCGGUGCCGCGCCAACCUCCGUCGCCCUCAUUGUGGGCAGAGCCAUUGCUGGACUUGGUGCCGGGGGGUUCUACCCGGUGCCAUAUUGA